UUCCUUCGACAGACCAGCUCGCAGUGGCCCUUCGGUCUCCCCUCGCCUACUGCUGCUUUCCAGUUCCCUCGAGUCCAGUUCGUUUGUCACCCCUCAAGACAAGGGGUCCCCGUGUAUCUCAGUGAGGAUCGCAUCCCUUCGUGAUAAAACUCGCUAUGUGUUUCUCACCUCCCCCACAUCCUUGCCACCCGACUCCAUCUAAUGUACCACCACUCAAGAUAACGCCAUAUCAGAAUCUUGAGAUCGAUAUCAACACAACAUUCUCGCCAACUAUGCUACCUCCGAUGCUCCAGCCCUAAUAAAAAUGUGAAAGAUUUCUCAACCCUCGCGUGUCUCGUGCGUGAUUAUUUGGGGAUUCAAGGCUCCUCUGUAGCUUGGAUUCAGGGCUCCUCUUUAGCUUCCAAAUGGGCACUUUGAGUGGUGUUUUCAGAUACCUUACAACGUACACCUGGAGCCAUUUCUUUUUGGCUGGGUGCAAAUUCUCCAGUGUGCUUAUAAAACGCGCCUCCUCAUUGCUUCAAUUGAGGCCGAUUCUCACCCAGAACGUAGAUUUAUUAAGUAUUAGAUGCUAG